AUGACCAUCUCACCGCCGGCUUCGCCUACGGGCGCUUCCCCCCGGCCCAUGAGCGGCAUGAUUCGGCCUCCCAGGAGCAACAGUCGCAUGAGCACAGGCAGCAGACAGGACAAAGGCAGUCGUGCCUCAGAUGAGGAUAGCAAGACUGCUGUCAAAGUUGCUGUCCGAGUGCGACCGCCCUUGAAACCCACCGAUCCUGGUUACGAGUUGAUCCCCCAGCGGUUUCAACGCUCGAUGGUUCAUGUCACCUCGCCAACCAGCCUGGCAGUGGAUGUUCCGCAGGGCCGCAAGGUCUUCGUCUUCGACAGAGUCUUUCCGGAAACGACGGACCAAGAGGGCAUAUGGGAGUAUCUGAGCGACAGCGUGAACUCGUUUCUGCAGGGUUACAAUGUCUCCAUCCUCGCCUACGGUCAAUCAGGAGCGGGCAAAUCUUAUACCAUGGGAACCUCCGGUCCUCGUGAACAAAAUGACCCUCGCGCAAUGGGAAUUAUCCCACGUGCUGCCCAGAUGCUGUUCGAGAAGCUCGAGGGCUCUAAACACAACCGUACGCAGUCGACCGGUCUGCGUACGCCAGCACGAUAUUCCAUUGGCACCCCGCAGGGUUUGAAUAAGCCUCCUGUGGACAGAAACUGGCAGUUGAAGGCCACCUAUGUUGAGAUCUACAAUGAACAACUUCGGGAUUUACUCGUUCCCGAGUCGACGCCACCCAGCGAGCGGGCUAACGUUACGAUUCGUGAAGAUACCAAGGGACGGAUUAUCUUGACGGGUCUUAAUCAGGUUAACAUUAAUUCGUUUGAAGAUCUCAUGGGCGCGCUGAAUUUUGGAUCCUCCAUCAGACAAACAGACGCUACCGCAAUCAACGCCAAGUCCUCCCGGUCUCAUGCCGUCUUCAGUCUCAACCUUGUGCAACGCAAGUCCCCUGGAUCGAUGAUGUCUCCCAAGGAGAAGAGGCACUCAAUGCCCGUGGAAUCCCUCUCAUCCUCCGAUGCCGUCGUGACUGUUGACAGCAAGCUUCAUUUCGUGGAUCUUGCAGGAAGCGAGCGACUCAAGAACACGGGCGCCUCCGGCGAACGCGCAAAGGAAGGUAUCUCGAUCAACGCUGGUUUGGCGAGCCUGGGGAAGGUCAUCUCCCAGCUGUCUUCUCGUCAACCGGGGGCGCACGUCUCUUACCGCGAUUCAAAACUCACCCGCCUGCUGCAAGACUCUUUGGGAGGGAAUGCCAUCACCUACAUGGUUGCCUGUGUCACCCCCGCCGAGUUCCAUCUGAGUGAGACUUUGAACACUGUGCAAUAUGCGCAGAGGGCCAGAGCCAUUCAGAGCAAGCCUCGUAUCCAGCAGGUAACGGACGAGAGUGACAAGCAAGCCGUCAUCGACAGGCUCAAGGCGGAAAUUGCCUUCCUGCGACAACAGAUCCGUAACGCUGAAGCGGGUGAGAGAAAGAGUGCGGCACCGCAGGAACGAGGCGAUCGCCCAACCGACCGAGAACUGGAGCUUCAGAACCACCUCCUUGACAUGCAGGAGAGCUACAACGCAUUGAGCCAGCGCCACGCCAAGCUGAUAUCCGAAAUCACCAAGGCUUCCGAGCUCAACAGCGAAGACCCAGAUGAGCUUGCCGCUGCCAUCGGUAACAGUUCAGUGGAGCGGCUGAAGCGCUCCCACUCCUUUGCGGAGUCGGUGGAGCAGGUCGUUCUCGAGUAUGAGAAGACGAUUCAAAGCCUUGAGUCCUCGCUGUCGAGUACCAGGGCGUCAUUGGCCAAUACGGAGAGCGCUCUGCUGGAGCGUGAGACCAAGUGCGCCUACAUCGAAACCAUGAAUGCACAGCUGCAGGCUCGAGUGCAGAAAAUGAUGGACCGCGAAGCCAGCACGGAGAAAUACCUUCAUGAUCUUGAAGCGAAACUUGACGGACAUACAUCCGGCGAGGAAAAGAAUGCUGCUAUUAUCGCUGAGCUGCGCAAGGAACUCGCUCGAGCCCGUGAAAAUGAAUCCAAUUGCGAGGAUUACAUCUCAACCUUGGAAGAACGUCUUGCGGAGGCUGACCAGGACAUGGAACUGAUGCAGCGAGAGAUAAACCGACUGGAGCAUGUGAUCGACCGCCAGAGGAGCCUCGGGAAGCUCGACAACUUGCUGUAUGAACUCGAUCACAUUCAACAGAAUGGCGUGAAAUCCGAGAAGAAAGAGGAUCAGCCAGUGUCGGAGCCUGCCCCUAACAAGGACAUCAAGACGCCGCGGGCCAGAGGCAUGUCUCUUGAUAUCUUGGCCGAGGCUGCGGAGACCGCUAUUCCUGAGGAUGAUGACAGGGACCUAGGGGAAAAUCCACCCGCAGUUGACGGAGACAAGCACGACGCUGAUGCCGGAGCGUCCAAGGAAGCGUCGAAAGAGCAAGAUCAUCUUGAAACUAGUGCCGCGACCGCCAGGGAUCUUGAGCAAAGUCCGGCUCAGUCGAAGUUCGUUGCCGAAAAAUUGGAGAGUGUCACCCAGGAGCUCUUGGACCUUCGUAUGCAGCACGAACAGACCCAGACCGAAUACGAACUCCUCGCGGCCAAGUAUGAGGAAGCCCUCCGUACCCUUGCCGAGUUGCAGGAUGCUGUUGACGAGUCUCGGCACCCUCCCCCAUCAUUGAGUGCCGGCACACCGGCUUCUUCCUCUCGGCCGACGUCUUUUUUAGAGGAUACGAAGGACCAGGAAGCGAAAGGUGGAGAACAACGCUCAUCUUCGCGAUCUCUCUCCUCGGAAUUAUCCUUGGUCGAGCAAUCGGGUACUUCGCAGGAAGCGUCUGAUGCGAAUGGCGUCAAGAAAGAACCUGUCGAGUCUCAUGAGGCCUCCGAGUCAGCGUCGCAGGAAAUUGAAAACCUGCGUAAGCUGCUCCAGGAGCAUGAGGAGGGUAUGAACUUGGUAGCUCAAAAGUAUGCCCAGCUGCAGGCAGAGCACGAGGAGACACUGGGCCUUGUGGAAGAGCUCAAGAAGGAGAUUCAGAGAUCCAAACCCGUACCAUCGCCUACGUCUCCAACACCAGUCAUCCGUCGGAUGACUAGUCAGAGUUUGAUGUCGGGACUGGAUCGUGCCCACCGCUCGCUCGCUGCUCUCCGAAACAUUGCCGUUGAAGAGUUCGAGGACCGCCCCGAGACCUUGCAGAACUUCGAACACAACCUCAAUACGGCAAUGCAUGAGCUCCAUACCCGCAUGGAACGUAUCCAGGCUCUCGAGGCCGAGAACGCGAGUGUCAGGAAGGAAAUGGAGACAAAGGCCACCAUCAUCUCUGGGCUGACAAGGGAAAGAUCUAGUUUGCAAGGUGCAAAGCCAAUGGAUAUGGGCCUUGUCUCUCAAUUGCAGGAUCAAAUCCUCCAGCAAGAGAAUCAAAUCAAGGAAAUGCAGGAAGCCCAUGGGAAACGGGAGCAAGAGUUGCGCGCUGAGAUUGAAAGUCUGAACCAAGCUCUGGCCUCGAAGGAAGCCCCGGCCACCACCGACACCACUGAGACCUCGCGGGAACGAGAAAUUAAAAUUGAACAGCUUGAAGCUGAACUCUCCGACUGGAAGGGCAAGCACCAGACAGCCAUUGAGUCCCUGGAGACUUCUGAGAAGCAGUUGCACGAGACCAAGGCCGAAUUGGAAGCUGCAUUGGCUUCGGUAGACACCUUGCGUUCUGAACAAGCCGCCGCAGCCAAUGCCUUCGCGGAGGAAAAGGCCGCCGCUGCUCGGGACCUGGAAAACGAGAGGGCUAAGCACCAGGCUAUUGUUGACAGCUUGCAGCAGGACAUUGAGGAGCACAAGUCAACGAUUGCCCGUCACCUGGAGACAAUCGCUGGCCUGGAAGCGUCCCAUGCUGCUGCGCAGGAGCAGCUAGCUCAACUCGCUUCGACACAGGCGACCAACGAUGCUGAUUCGGCGGCCUACGCCUCUCGCAUAUCCGAACUGGAGCGUGAGCUAGAGGAGCACAAGGCCCUCGUUGAGGAGCAUAAGGCCCUCGUUGAUUCUCAAAAGGCGGACUUGGUGUCCUUGAAAGAAUCUCACAGGCGUGAAUUAGAGGAGCUGGAAAGCAAAGCUGCAGCUGCGGCGCAGGCUGAGCAGGAAUCGCGUCUGGCAGAGCAGAAUGCUAAGCAUGAAGAGGCCAUGCUUGCUCUGAGAUCUGAAAUCUCCAACUCUAAGGAUGAAGUAUCCAAGUUACUGGAUACUGUCUCUAACGUCCUCAAGACGGAGGUCACCCCCGUCACUCUGGCUGACCAACUGGAGGAUAUUGUGUCUGAGAAGCAGAACCUUGCCAGCAAAUACGCUGAGCUGGUGGACGCAAAUGAAGAGCUUCUCAAGCAGCUGGAGCUCAAGGGUGGUCUGGAUGGCCAGGUGAAGGAGCUGACUGACAAGGCUGCCCAACAGGAAGCCAAAGUCAACGAACUCGCUCACUUGGUCGCUAAUCUCGAGGAAAAUCUGCGCCAGAAGGAGGAGUUGAUCAAGAAGAAGGAUGCCACGAUUGAGGAGAUCACGGCGGAGAAGCAGAAGAGCGUGCGUCUGGUUGAAGAACUGGAGGAGCAGAUCACUACCACAUUUGACCAGCAUAACAACCGCCUCUCUGUCAUCCAGCAAGAACGCGCUCAACAACUGGAGGAAGCGAACACGAAGAUUUCAAACCUUGAAAAGGAGAUUGAGACGUACCGUGUCCGUAUCGAACAGCUUGAGCUUCAACUCAAGAACAGCGGAGCCCAAGACUCGUCCUUGGAUCGUUCGAGCUCUUUGACCUCCAACUUGCGAAAGAGCUCUUCCACUGCUUCCUUGCCCUCCCCACCGCCUUCCGUACCCCUUCCACCCCUUCCUACAAUUGCCUCUACUGCCAAUGCUGGAAGCAUCUCACCGCCUAGCUCUCGGCAUGCCAGCAAAGAGCUUGUCAGCGCUCAGAUCGUUGAGGACCAAGAAGCCCGCAUCCGUACCAUUGAGAAGCAUCUCUACGCCGAGAAGCAGCUCACCGCCACCCUCGAAGAGGCACUUGGAGACUUGGAGGCCCAGAGCCAAAAGGUCAAGGCGGACAUGGAGGCAUGGAAGAAGAAGGCUUGGCAAUACGAGGACGAGCUUAAUGCCCUCCGCAAGGAACGCAACUCGACCCGGCUUUCUCUUCAGGCCGUCGAAGAAGAACGGAAUGCAAGGCGGGAAGCCGAGGCCGCUCGGGCGCAACUGGAAGAGCGGAUGAACGCAAUCAACAAGAAGAAGAAGAAGAGCACGCUCAACUGUUUCUAA